AUGGCACUGACCCCGGACUCUACUUGCUCCCAGCUCACCUCUACUUUGGGAGCUCUGGUGAUGGGGGCGCAUGGCGUGGAGAUCCGACAGCUGGGGUCUGCAUCAGUAAGGUGUGGCGAGCUAGGACGGGUCGAACGAGGAUUUACCGCGCAGUUUUCAGGCACUACCGCAGUGAGGUUGUAG